AUGCUCAUACUAACCCUCAGCCCAGAAGUGCACAGGUACUGUACCAUAUACUAUCAUUCAACCACAGCGCGGUGGCACGGCUACAAGCGACACGCAGAAAGCAAACCCAAGGUCCGUUACCGCGAAGGUGUAUUACCCCAAAUGCACAGGAGGGAAUUGGCAAGUUUCCCAGCCCCGACUGACAAAAACUGAGAGUGUCUCCCGGGAAUGGAAAGGGAUUGAAUGUAAACUACCAUUCAGUAUGUGUCGCGAUCGUUGCACGAUGAAGCGGACCAAGGCGCAGCGUGAUAAGCGUACAUACUUUAUUCAGUACUGACACGAACAAAACAACAAACGAAACGUGAAGUCCUAGGUUAAUAACACAAACCUUAACGGAACAAGAUCCCACAAUGACUAGUGAAAACAGGCUGCCUAAGUAUGGUUCCCAAUCAGAGACAACGAGCUACAGCUGCCUCUGAUUGGGAACCACCCUGGCCAACAUAGAUCUAAACGAUCUAGAAUGAGAACAUAGAACAACUAAACAUAGGAAAUCCACACCCUGGCUCAACAAUUAAGAGUCCCCAGAGUCAGGGCGUGACAGAAUGCGACCGAAGCCGAAGCCCCAACCGUGCACUGGCGACAGCUGUGUCGCUGGUGGUGGCGAAGACCCGAGAGGGCAGCAGCCCCCCUUGGUUCACGACAAAGCGGCACAGUUUCUCUGGGAAUUUCUAGACUUUGGAUCGGAACGUGUGCAACAUCAAAUCAGGGUGUGUGAUUGUCUGGUGCAGUUUUUAGACAAUCAAAAAAUUAUCAGCUCCUAAAAUAAUUAAUAGUUUUGUCAUUUACGUUGGCAGAAAAAAUAGUAAUGCUACAUUGUUGAGGAGAAAUACAGAUUAUAUUAUUUAGAAAACAAGACUUCAACAGAUAUGUAGUUUAUAAUAGUUGUGUAUUCCUGUGGGCUUCUUUACUAGGGCGCAUUAGUCCAGCUGGAAGUCUUAAAUUAUCUCUAAUAGUGUUCAAUUUAACACUCAAAAAGCGUCCAUAUUGUCCCAUGCUACACAGAGUUAAUGUUACACUUUCAAAAGGGUUAACUUUUUAACACUUUCAACGUUUUUGUAACUCUAUAAAUAAUUGUAUUUUAACACUGGACAACACUGGUUAUUGUUGUAUUCACUCUUAUUCUACACUAGUGUAAAGUUGUGAAAAAUCAACUCUAUCAGAGUUAAUUUUUAACUCUAUUUGUUUAUUAUCUUUUAACACUGAAGAUUGUAAACUGAAAUUAAUGUGGCAAUAUAUCAGUGAAACCUCAGAACAAUUGAUGUAAGUUAUUCCGAUGGAAAGGUAUUUUUGCGUACAUACAAACAAUUACAAUCAAUAAUGAUGGUUUUUCCACUCUAAUUAGUGUUUGUGUGCAUUUUGUAGAGUUAAGUGUAUGCAUGUGUGCACAUUAUACAAGUAUUUUUGGCACAUUUGUGUGUGUUUGUGGGGGUAGGGGGUUAUGUGCAAUGUGUGUAUGUGUGUGGCUGUGGGUCUAAACACUUCAUAUGUGUGUCUGUAAUGUAUUCCUGCAUGUUUCCCUGUCCAUGUCCUCCCUCCCACAGGCAACAACAAAGUACCCUCGGAAGACGCCCUGGUGCUGCAGUUGCUUCUGGCCAAGGGCCAAGAGAAGAUGGUGGAGACACUGAAGGGCCAGCGGGACGAGAUUAGGGAGCUGCAGCACAGACUGAGCGAACAGCAGGGGACGCUGGUCAGCCAGCAGAGAGAGAUCCUGGAGCAGCAGAGCUGUACCAACAGAUGGACCAGGUCUGGAACCACGUCUCAAACAUUGUGGUUUCCCUUUGCUGGAGGGAAGAUUUAAUAGACAUAAUGUAGAUCUUGGGCUUUUGCCUGGCGACUUCAGUGGUAUUUUGCCGGGACAAAUAACACAUUAUGUGUUUGUAAUAGACCACUGGAAGGUUUAAUGAAUUUAUUUUCACCAAUAUUUUGGUCAAUUAAACCUUUAAUAAAGUCUACCUAAAACCAUCCAAUAAAAUUAAAGAAUGCAGUAAAUGCAGUGCUCUGAUAAAGGAGCUUGUCCGAAACGCAUCAGCAUUAAACAUUGAAAGUUGCCGUCCCAAACUUUCUUUCAGCAAUCCAGUAAAUGCAGUAACUUUUGUGUUUGGUCUCAUCUCAGGUCAAGGCCCAGUAUGACCUACUCCUGGAGAGCGUCAAGCAGAUGUCCUUCCAGGGCAUGCAGGAGGAGCUAGAGUGCCACAUGGUGGCUCUCAGGGGACAGGCAAGGGCUGACCACAGGCAGGCCUACGCUGUGCACAAGGUGGACAUGGAGGCCAGUGUAAUGUAAGGAGAGCGCCCCAUAUUGGCCUAUGGCUCUUGUGGAGCUGAGGAGUACUGUGACUUCAGGACGGGUCGGCCCCAAUGUGAGAGGUUCACCGUCUGUCCAGCUGGCUUCUUCCUGGUGUCCCAGUGCUCCAUCCAUAUGCCAGGCGAGGAAAAGUGUUAGCAAUGUUAAAAAUACAACACACAAAUCAAUCAAAAUGUAUAUAAAGUGUAUUAGGGGUAGAACAAUAAUGGUCCAAGGACCGAACCUUGCGGAAAUCCGUCUGUAAAAGUAUUCUGAAUAUUCUUAAUAUAAACACCCAUUCAGGAGUUAUAUUAAUCACAUUUGAUGUAUUACAGGACAGAGAUGAGUGCCUUGAAAUACAAACCUGUGUGGAGAACAGGAGAAACACUCCAGGUAAGUAGGGUUUCACCUGUUUGGGAAAAAACUCACACUGUAUCAGCAAUCCUUUAACCUAUUCAAAAUAUGCUACACAGAAAAAAAUCACUUAAUAUUGAAGGUGAAAGAGUUAGAAAUGUUCUACUUCUGUAUUUGUGUGUGAGAGAGUUAACUCUUGUCCGCCACAGUUUCUUUGUGAACCAGAUGGGUUUAGGUGCCAGGGCUUGUCUGAGAGAGAGGCCAGUGCAGGCUUGUGUGGACACGCCUACUUCUACAACUCUGAGAUGGAGGAAUGUCAGGCCUUUCAGGAGUGUGAGGCGGAGCCAGUGGCCACACCCUGCACCUCCAUGAGUGACACUGUCUGCUCCACCCCCUCCCCCACCGACAGCAGGAGGCUGUCGCUUGCCUGGGCUGGGGAUGUGAUCUUGCUUCCUUCCAAGAGCCACGCUCCUGGCCAUGCCUUCCCUAACCUCCAGCUCCACAUCCAGGGACGGGGCGAAGGCGAGCUGCUCUCCACUGAAGAUGGCCAUCUGGUGCUCAGACAGCACGGACUAGUGUGGGCCGACGAGAACCUGGCACUAAGCCACGGUUGCCGUAGUUUCGUCCAGUUGUGUCUGCGGCUCAAUGCCAGCGACGGGGCAGAGGAGCGGGACCUUAGCGGGGUUAGGGUGGAGCAGCGGGAGGGGAAAUUGCUUCAGAGUGCCAGCAUCAGCGGGGUGGCGGAGGUGGCUCCAGGAAGUAUGGUCUCCCAGCUCCUUAGAAGCGCCAGCCACCACCGCAACUGCACCAGCGACAGCCUGCACCUCCACGAUCCCUCGGCGCCCCCUCUCAGCCUCAUCUGGCUGUCCCACGACACUGGGGCGGUUGCCAUGAUGGCACAGGCGGUGUCGACAUCACACUACCACACAAACUACCGACCCGCCUUCCAGACCACGUCCACCUCCGACCCGUACGUGGUCGGACUGACUCAUGAUGGGCAUGGAGUGCGCUUCACUGAAAGCGGCACAGUGCGCUUCGUGUUCCAGCAGGCACUCUACUCCAUGGGCCAGACAUGCCUGACGAAAGGCUUUCACCUGCUGGCCUACAUCAACCGCAAUGGGAGCAACAUGGAGCUGGCCCGGACCUACCGUGACACAUCCAUCUCCCUGUUGGCUGCCACCUGGGUCAGCCCCGUCGAUUCUCUGGGCUUCGAGAUCCCCUCUCCUGGGCAGUGCAACAUCCGCUACUUCGGUGACGACUCCGGCAUCAGCGGCCUCAGCUUAGUGUGGGACCCCGCCACCAUCUCCUCUGCCCCUAUCCGCCUUCAUGGCACGCACAGGCUUGUACUCCGGAGGGGUACUUCCGCCAGGUCAGCCCCCACGUGCUGCAGGUGCAGGUCGGGCUUCCAAUGAAUGACCACACCGACCAUCAACGUGACUUUGUCUUCUGGGAGAGCGGGACAGUCAGCUUGGCACUCGACCUGAAGCUGAUCCACUCCUGCAACCUGGUUAAAGUUACCCUGAUUCGGCGUAGAGGCGAGGGGGCAGGGGAGGAGGGCAAGUCGCUGCCACAGCAAGUUGGUGGGCAGAUGCCGGAUGGCAGCGAGUGA